AUGUCUAAAAUUCAAAGGGCAAUAAGAGAAGCUGAAGCUAAUGGAGAUCUUGAAUUCUCACUCUGCUUCCCAGUUGCAUAUGAGAAUGAGUUUGGUGAGGAUGAUCCCACAUGGGAGCCUAUACCUUACAAAGUACUUAAAGAAUUAAAAUCGGCCUGCUCUGAAUAUGGACCUUUAGCUCCUUACACACAAACCUUGGUUGAAGCCCUAGCCAGUAAAUGGGUGACUCCUUAUGAUUGGUCACAGUUUUAUUUUGUGGACUUACUGGACGGACAUUAUGGGACAGACUCAAACUACUCCUUUAAGCAUUAUGGACCUCAUGGAAGACCCGCCAUCUUGGCUCAGGCCCUUCCUACCUCCACGCCCUCCUGGGCCGAAGCCCAUUCUUACCUUGCAGAGAAUGGAAAAGGAGGAGAAAAAGAAGAAUCUCACUCAGCCUUCAGCCCCCCCUACCCUGUCCUGCAGGGGGGAGCCGCCUCUCACCAGGCAGAGGGCUCAGCGGGAACUGUCUGCUGCAGCACCGACUCCACUAUCAAGACCCUGCCCUUACGGGCCGCUGGACCCCCGGAUGCGGAUGGCAACCAGCCCUAUUGUUAUUGGCCUUUUUCAACAUGCAAUCUAUAUAACUGGAAGGCACAAAAUCCCAAGUUUUCUGAGAGACAGGGGGGACUUAUUGACUUGCUAGACUCUGUUCUUUUCACCCAUUAGCCUACAUGGGAUGACUAUCAGCAGCUUUUACAGGUUCUGUUCACAAUGGAAGUGAGAGAAAGGAUCCUCAAUGAGGCCUGGAAAGUGGUUCCAGGCGUGGACGGAAACCCAACUGCCAACCAAGCCCAGAUUGAUGUCUCUUUUCCCUUAACUAGGCCUGAAUGGGAUUUCAACACAGCAGAAGGUAAGGAGAGACUUACAGUCUACCAUCAGACCCUAAUGAGGGGUCUCAGAAUGGCUGCUAGAAGGCCAACUAAUUUGGCCAAGGUGGGGAAUGUGCAGCAGGAAAGGGAUGAAUCUCCAGCUGCCUUUGUAGAACGGUUCAUGGAGGCUUACCGCACCUACACCCCCACGAAUCCAGAAGCUCCUGAAAGCAAGGCAGCUGUGAUCAUAAGCUUUGUAAACCAAUUGGCCGCGGAUAUUAAAAGGAAACUACAAAAAAUAGAUAGGUUGGGAGAGAAGAGUUUACAGGAUUUACUGGCAGUGGCAGAGAAGGUGUAUAAUAACUGA